AUGCCUCACAGAGAGGAAGCACCACUGUCGCCGGUAGUCGACACCACGGUCCACCAUGGAGAUUGGCGAGAUGACCUAUUCAAACACGGUUUUGUUGUCGUCAAAAAUGUCAUCAGCCCGGAGAGGGCGGCGUACUAUGUCGAAAGAAUGUUCGAAUGGCUCGGGACGUUUCCGUACGGCUUUGAUCGGAAUAAUCGGUCCACGUGGUUUCCAGAGCAUCUCCCCAGACACAUGAAAGGCGGGAUGUAUCAUGACUAUGCUGCUCCGCACGAGGACUUUGUCUGGGAAGCUCGAUCCGAGCCAGAGGUCAUCAACGCUUUUGCGAAACUCUGGGGCACUGACGAGCUGCUCGUCUCGUUCGACGGUAUCAACUUCACGCUGCCAACUCUCACCCCUGCUCAGUCGCAGCCAUGGCCUCACAUUGAUCAAUCCCCAAGGCGGAAGGGUCUAGUAUGUGCACAGGGUAUCAUAAACUUAGCACCAAACGGAUCGGAAGAUGGGGGAUUGGUCGUCCUUCGAGGCUCUCACAACCUCACCGAGGAGUUCUUCAAAAAGCACCCGCAAACCUCUGGCCAGAGGGCAUGGGGUACUGAGGAUUAUUGGUCAUUCUCGACAGAAGAGGUGGAUUGGUUCAAGGAGGCCGGUUGCGAGGUCGUCAAAGUCUGCGCAGAUCCAGGUGAUCUGAUUAUCUGGGAUUCCCGCACCAUUCACUACAACAAGCUGCCCGAGAGUCAGCAAGUCAGAUCGAUAGUUUAUGCUUGCUAUGCACCGGCCCAAUUUGCCACAGAAAAUGAUUUGAACUUGAAGAGGCAGCUGUUUCAUGAACGCAGGGGCACGACGCACUGGCCGAACAUGAAUAUCUUCCCAGGCGGCAUUCCGGACAACUUGCGUCUAGGAAAGCCAGAUAUAUAUAGCAGAGACAGGCCUCUCAACGAUGUCCAAGAGACGGACAAGGUUCUGCAUCUGGCCGGCGUCAAACCCUACGGAGCGGAGGAGUCAAUUGUAGUAUGA